AAAUUUGGGUGAUCUGUGGGAAGGGAAGUCACUCUAGACAACUUUCUGGAGACAUGGCGACCCCAGCAAGACGACUUAACGUAAGACCCCCCGACAAAGGAAGCUUUCCACUUGAUCAUGAAGGUGAAUGUAAAACUGUCAUGAUGAAGUACAUGUCAUGUUUAAAAACACACAAACAGGAAAAUGACAAGUGCAGAAUUCAAGCUAAAGACUAUCUGGAAUGUAGAAUGAACAAAAAUCUCAUGGCAAAAGAAAAUUGGUCCAAACUGGGAUAUAGGGACAUGGAUGACACAUCAACAGAAACAGUGUCUGAAAAAUCAUGACAUCAAUUGGAGCCGGCCUCUAAUCCUGAUAGAACUUUUCAUCUAAUUUUGACAGUAUUGUGUUGGAAACUGUCUGACCAAAACCACGUGUUGCUGUUCCUUAAAUACAGACAUAUCAGAGAGAUCAUUGAGAUCAACUGUUACACACUUAAUAAACAUGCCGUAUACAUCGUAUAUAUUUGUACAUGUAAAAUUGUAAUUAAAUUUCUUUAAUUUAAA